AAUAACUGAUAUUCGUCAAUUAUAAAUAUGUUAAUUGAAAUCGAAUCGUUUAUAAUCUGAAGAGGUGGUAAUUGAAAACAGUAUCGGAUUUUUUUUAUUGUUUCUCAUCGCAUGGUGCUGAAAUUGUGAAGGAAGAAAAUGGAAAACAAACAAGAAUUAGGUUACAAAAAAGUACCGAUACUUGAGGAAGGAGUGAUCGAAACAUCGACUUUACCAAGUAUAGAAAAACCAUUCGUGACAAUAACAACAACUGGAGAUACGAAUCGUACUUUUCUUUAUAUAGCGGCUUGUACAGUUAAUAUUGUAUCUUUCAUUUGCGGUACGAGCUUGGGAUGGACGUCGCCGGAAAUACCGUUAUUGAAAAAUUUAACCACUAGUCCGUUGGAGGAAAUCAUAAGUCCUUCGCAGGAAGGUUGGGUGGGAUCUUUCCUCCCCUUAGCAGCGGCUAUCGGUCCCAUAGGCGGGGGAGUAUUAGCAGAUAAAAUCGGAAGGAAAAAAUCUCUGUUGAUCGCCAAUAUACCUUUUUUCGUAGCGUUUCUCGUAAAUUUCUUCGCGAAUUCGAUCUAUCAUUUCUUUUUAUCGAGAUUUCUAUGCGGUCUGGGCAUAGGGAUUAUAUUUACCGCUCUACCGAUGUAUAUGGGGGAAAUAGCCGACGACGAAGUCAGAGGCGCCCUGGGAUCGUUCAUGCAACUAUUCAUCGUGAUAGGAUUAUGUUUUUCUUACAUACUAGGGCCUUACGUGCCGAUGAAAACGUUCAAUUUGAUUCUACUGACACCCCCGGUGGUAUUUUCGAUUUUGUUCGGCGGUUUUGUACCGGACAGUCCGUACUAUUUGAUCCAAAGCGGUCGUAUCGACGAAGCUUUGAAGGCUCUGAUCAAAUUUAGAGGUUGUAGUAGAGCUUCGGCGCAAAAAGAAUUGGAAAUUAUGCGGACCCAAAUCGAGGAAGAUUCGAAAAGUAAAGGGAAUUUCGCGGAAACUUUCAAGAUUGUAUUAGGUUCGAGAGGUUUGAAAAUGGCGUUGUUUAUAUCGCUGAAUUUGGUUACUUGGCAACAAUUGUCCGGUAUUAACAUCGUUUUGUUUUAUACCCAGAGCAUUUUCACCGACGCCGGAGCGUCUUUGGCUCCGGAAAUUUGUACUAUAAUCACGGGGGUAGUUCAAAUAGUAGCCAGCGGCGCUACGCCUUUACUAGUCGAACGUUGGGGCAAGAGAUUCCUCUUAAUGCUAUCCGCCAUCGGUAUGGGUCUAUCUCAAGGCGUAUUAUCAUAUUUUUUCUAUAUGAAAGAGGAUCAAUCGAAAGAUGUAUCCGAUAUUGGUUGGGUACCGAUCGUGAGUCUGGUGGUUUUCAUUAUCACUUAUUGUCUAGGUUUCGGACCGCUAGCUUGGGCUGUUUUGGGCGAACUAUUUCCUGGUAACGUUAAAUCGGUAGCGUCUUCGGCUACCGCCUCGUUUUGUUGGAUCCUCGGGUUUUUUAUUACGAAUUAUUUCGGCGCUUUAACGUCUCUAGUAGGAAAAUCGGGUUCGUUCGGUUUAUUUACAAUUUGUUGCUUCAUUUCGGCCGGUUUCGUUUAUAAAUUUUUACCGGAAACGACUGGGAAAAGUUUGAUCGAAAUCCAGGCUCUUUUAAGCGGGGAAAAUUGAAAUAUAUCCUCGAUUAAAUAAAAUAUUAUAAAAAAAAAUUUAGUACGCCUCUGGAAUUUCUAUCUACAAUAGACAGUUGGCUACGUCGCAUAAUCAAGGUCGACUAAUAUAUCGGAAAUGACGUAUACUCCCGCUUCGAUGUGAAUCGGCCGACUAACUGUCAGCGACUGCUGCACAAUUAUGUUGGUAACUACAUUAAAUACCGAUGUGUUACUGCUCUCUGGCGGUCAGGAUCGGUACUAUACGUUAUAGGGAAUGUAUAUAUUCUUUAUUGAAUUAAAAGUGAGGGAAAGAGAAAGUUUUACCAUAGGCGUGCUAUACGAAAAUUAUUUUGUGGGGGAUUUGAUUAGAUUUUCUUUGAAAAUCACAAAGUUUUAUGGAAAAUUACAAGAGAAAAAUAAGUUUUAGAAUUAAUUUAUCUAUGGUAUUAAAUUAAUAUGUUUUUAAAUCAAAUACUCAAAUAUAUAAAUUCAUGAAAUUUUCGACAAUCAUCCGGAAAAGCACUAAUGUUUCGAAAAAAUGGUUAAAAUUUUUAGAAUGGUCCAGAAAAUCACUUAAACUACGAGAAAAUGCUCCUUAAUUUUCGAAAAAAUUGCCGAAAUAUUCCAAAAAUACCGUAAAAGUUUUCAAUUUUUUUUAAAAAAUUUCCAACUAUUCUCAAAAAACCCGUAAACUCCUCCAAAUUUUCAAAAAAAUGUUGAAAUAUUUUUGAAAAAUUGAAAAAAAAUCGACAAAUUUUCGAAAAAAUUGCUGAUAUAUUUCAAAAACAUCCUAAAAGUCAACAAUUUCCCAAAAAAACGCGCUGGAUUAUUCCAAAAACACCAUAAAGCCACCAAAUUUCAAAAAAAAAUGUCCAAUUAUUCGACAAAUUUUCGAAAAAAUUGCUGAUAUAUUUCAAAAACAUCCUAAAAGUCAACAAAUUCCCAAAAAAACGCGCUGGAUUAUUCCAAAAACACCAUAAAGCCACCAAAUUUCAAAAAAAAAUGUCCAAUUAUUCGACAAAUUUUCGAAAAAAUUGCUGAUAUAUUUCAAAAACAUCCUAAAAGUCAACAAUUUCCCAAAAAAACGCGCUGGAUUAUUCCAAAAACACCAUAAAGCCACCAAAUUUCAAAAAAAAAUAUCCAAUUAUUCGACAAAUUUUCGAAAAAAUUGCUGAUAUAUUUCAAAAACAUCCUAAAAGUCAACAAAUUCCCAAAAAAACGCGCUGGAUUAUUCCAAAAACACCAUAAAGCCACCAAAUUUCAAAAAAAAAUGUCCAAUUAUUCGACAAAUUUUCGAAAAAAUUGCUGAUAUAUUUCAAAAACAUCCUAAAAGUCAACAAAUUCCCAAAAAAACGCGCUGGAUUAUUCCAAAAACACCAUAAAGCCACCAAAUUUCAAAAAAAAAUGUCCAAUUAUUCGACAAAUUUUCGAAAAAAUUGCUGAUAUAUUUCAAAAACAUCCUAAAAGUCAACAAAUUCCCAAAAAAACGCGCUGGAUUAUUCCAAAAACACCAUAAAGCCACCAAAUUUCAAAAAAAAUGUCCAAUUAUUCGACAAAUUUUCGAAAAAAUUUUUGAAAUAUUCCAAUAAUAUCGUAAAAGCUUUCAAAUUUUCAAAAAAAUUUUGAACUUAUCCCAAAAACCCGUGAACUCCACCAAAUUUCAAAAAAAAAUGUCCAAUUAUUCGACAAAUUUUCGAAAAAAUUGCUGAUAUAUUUCAAAAACAUCCUAAAAGUCAACAAAUUCCCAAAAAAACGCGCUGGAUUAUUCCAAAAACACCAUAAAGCCACCAAAUUUCAAAAAAAAAUGUCCAAUUAUUCGACAAAUUUUCGAAAAAAUUGCUGAUAUAUUUCAAAAACAUCCUAAAAGUCAACAAAUUCCCAAAAAAACGCGCUGGAUUAUUCCAAAAACACCAUAAAGCCACCAAAUUUCAAAAAAAAAUAUCCAAUUAUUCGACAAAUUUUCGAAAAAAUUGCUGAUAUAUUUCAAAAACAUCCUAAAAGUCAACAAAUUCCCAAAAAAACGCGCUGGAUUAUUCCAAAAACACCAUAAAGCCACCAAAUUUCAAAAAAAAAUGUCCAAUUAUUCGACAAAUUUUCGAAAAAAUUGCUGAUAUAUUUCAAAAACAUCCUAAAAGUCAACAAAUUCCCAAAAAAACGCGCUGGAUUAUUCCAAAAACACCAUAAAGCCACCAAA